AUGACCGGCUCCUGCUGCGGCUCCUUCUCCUCCCAGAGCUGCGGAGGCUGCUGCCAGCCCUGCUGCUGCCGCGACCCCUGCUGCUGCCGCCCGGUGUCCUGCCAGACCACGGUGUGCCGCCCCGUCACCUGCGUGCCCCACUGCACGCGCCCCAUCUGCGAGCCCUGCCGCCGCCCCGUCUGCUGCGACCCCUGCAGCCUGCAGCAGGGCUGCUGCCGCCCCAUCACCUGCUGCCCCUCCUCCUGCACCGCCGUGGUGUGCAGGCCCUGCUGCUGGACCUCCACCAGCUGCCAGCCCAUCUCCGUGCAGGCGCCCUGCUGCAGGCCACCCUGCUGCCAGCCUGCUCCCUGCCGCACCGUCUGCAGGUCCUCCCCCUGCAACACGUGCUGCUGA